AUGUGUGGUGAAAUGGGAAAAGCGGUGCUGAGGGCGCUCACCGGUGCGCUACUCUGUGGCUUGGUAUCCGACGCAGCCUAUUUACAGCAAUACGACCCUUACCAACAAUAUGAGCCUCAAGUCUACCGCAAGCCAUUGAGAGAACACGAGAAGCCCCAGGACCUUCGGAACGUGCCUGGCAUACCCGGGGUGGACUACCCGAUCUACCAUGAGGUGCCGGAAACCAGGUUCUCCUGUGCCCACGUGCCAGUCCAUCCUGGCAUGUACGCCAACGUCGAGACUGGAUGCCAGGCUUACCACGUGUGCCACGACGGGCGCGAGGGUCACCAGGGGGCGUCAUUCCUGUGCACCAACGGGACUCUCUUCGACCAGGCCAAGUUCGCCUGCGACUGGUGGUACAACGUCGACUGCUCGCAGGCUAUCGAACAUUACAAAUUGAACGCUGACCCACUGAAAAACCCUUACGUGCCAAAACCCAAACCCGAGGAACUGGAACACCAGGGAUUGCCCCACGGGAUCUACUACAAGAAACUUUAA